AUGGAGUCGAUAAGGAGGAUGAAAUCAAGAAGGAGAUCGGAAGUUAGUCUGCCAUGUCCUCACGUACAGCUUGUGUUCCGGUUGUCUUCUUUGUUAGGUCUCUCUCCGCUGGUGUUCGAGAACGGAGAGUCCAGGUUCUCGUACCCCAGAGCCGUUUACUCAAUUACCAUUUCAUGCGUUAUAGUAUCAUUUGGGAUUCUUAACUUCUGCAAUUUAUUGUCGUUUAACGACUUUUCAUUAGCAAUCAUAUCCCUGAUGAACACACCGCUUUAUUUUGCGCUACGUGUUUCACCAUUAAUUGACAUUUAUAGAAAUGCAACAAGAUAUAGACAAUUAUUUGAAGAGCUGAGGAUGAUCGACGUAAAACUCUCCGCCAUUGGAAUUCUAAAGAUCCAUCGCCUCGAUUGGUCGACGAAGUUCUUGACGAUCUUGAUAGCCUCUCCUUAUUUCAUAUUCGGGAUAUCAUUGAUCCCAGAUUUCACAUUCUUAUACCAUACCAUAGCGAUCUCAGGUUACCUCCUCAUGUCCUUGCAGAUAUCCACAGUUGGAGGUCACAUCCUAAGCCGCUACGAUUUGGUUUUGGAUACCCUCGGUCAAUUGAAGAAAAUACCUCACCACAACAUAGCUAGUAUAGUAGAAACCCUUCUCUAUGUUAACCAUCAGCUGUCCGGUGUUUUCGUAGAAGAGCAUUCACGGGAUGGAGUCGAUAAGGGUGAGGAAAUCAAGGAGGAGAUCGGAAGUUGGUCUGCCAUGUCCUCACGUGCAGCUAGUGUUCCGGUUGUCUUCUUUGUUAGUAAGAAAACUAUUACUUCUAAGACGCUCAAAGCCAAGGAGAAUAAAGAAAAAGGUACAGAACUAAAUUUAGACGCUGGGCCAAGUGAUGGUACAGGUGAGUGGCAUCUAGUUUCCCCGCGCAAGGCUGUUUCUCCGAGAGCACAUGCAACUACUGAUCCAGAGAAACAGGUUAGUUUCGUAUCAUCAAAUCCAUUUACUGUUUCUAAACUGAAGUAG